GGCAGGGCGGUGGUUGCCAUAGCGACACAGCCCAGGAUAGGGCGGCCUGGCUCGGCCCGGGGCGGGCGGGGCGCGGCGGGGACGGACAGCGCGGGCCAGGCCGGGCCGGCGGGGAUGAGCCAUGGCCUCGGUGAAGGUGGCCGUGCGAGUACGGCCCAUGAACCGCAGGGAGAAAGACCUCAAUGCAAAGUUUAUUAUUUCGAUGGAAAAAAAUAAAACAACAAUCACAAACUUAAAGGUACCAGAGGGUGCUACUGGAGACACAGGGCGAGAAAGAACGAAGACAUUUACCUAUGAUUUUUCCUAUUUCUCAGCAGACAGUAAAAGUCCCAGCUUUGUUUGUCAAGAAAUGGUUUUCAAAAAUCUUGGUAUGGAUGUGCUUAAAUCUGCUUUUGAAGGUUAUAAUGCCUGUGUUUUUGCAUAUGGACAGACUGGAUCUGGGAAGUCCUACACCAUGAUGGGAAAUGCGGGUGAUGCAGGUUUGAUACCUCGAAUUUGUGAAGGAUUGUUCAGCAAAAUAAGUGAAAAAACAAAGCGGAAUGAGGCAUCCUUUCGAACAGAAGUCAGUUAUCUGGAAAUUUAUAAUGAACGUGUGAGAGAUCUUCUCAGAAGGAAGUCAUCAAAAACUAAUAAUUUACGAAUACGAGAACAUCCAAAGGAAGGGCCAUAUGUUGAGGACUUGUCUAAGCAUUUAGUGCAAAAUUAUACUGAUGUAGAGGAACUUAUGGAAGCAGGAAAUAUAAAUAGGACAACGGCUGCAACUGGAAUGAAUGAUGUCAGUAGCAGGUCUCAUGCCAUUUUCACAAUCAACUUCACUCAGGCUCAAUUUGAUUCUGAAAUGCCUUGUGAAACUGUUAGCAAGAUUCAUUUGGUAGAUCUUGCUGGAAGUGAGAGAGCAGAUGCCACUGGUGCCACAGGGGUUAGAUUAAAGGAAGGAGGGAAUAUUAACAAAUCUCUAGUUACUCUGGGAAAUGUAAUUUCUGCCUUAGCUGAUUUAUCUCAGGAUGCAACAAAUCCACUUUCAAAGAAGAAGCAAGUAUUUGUGCCUUACAGGGACUCUGUGUUGACUUGGUUGUUGAAAGAUAGCCUAGGAGGAAACUCCAAAACUAUAAUGAUUGCCACUAUUUCACCUGCUGAUGUCAAUUACGGUGAAACUUUAAGUACACUUCGCUAUGCAAAUAGAGCCAAAAACAUCAUCAACAAGCCUACUAUUAAUGAGGAUCCCAACGUCAAACUGAUCCGUGAGCUGAGAGCUGAAAUAGCCCGAUUAAAAGCCCUGCUUGCUCAGGGGAAUCAGAUUGCACUCUUGGAUUCUCCGACAGCUUUAAGUAUGGAAGAAAAGCUUCAGCAGAAUGAAGCAAGGGUGCAAGAACUGACCAAAGAGUGGACAAACAAGUGGAAUGAAACUCAAGAUAUUCUGAAACUGGCAAAAAGUGGCUCCCUGGAGGAUUUUUCUGAGAAUGCAAAAAAGGUGACAGCUAUCCAAGUUAAGGUUCAGAUCAAUCAGCAAAAUGCAAAGGAACAAACCUUGGCUCUGAGGAAAGAAGGGAUAGGUGUUGUCUUAGAUUCUGAACUGCCUCAUCUCAUUGGCAUUGAUGAUGAUCUUCUCAGUACUGGUAUCAUCUUGUACCACCUGAAGGAGGGCCAAACAUAUGUUGGCAGAGAAGAUGCUAUGACAGAACAGGACAUUGUUCUUCAUGGCCUUGAUUUGGAAAGUGAGCAUUGCAUCUUUGAAAAUCUCAAUGGCACUGUGAACCUCAUCCCACUGAACGGAGCGCAGUGUUCUGUGAAUGGUAUUCAGAUUACAGAGCCCACACACCUCAACCAAGGUGCUGUUAUAUUACUUGGAAGAACCAAUAUGUUUCGCUUUAACCACCCCAAAGAAGCUGCCAAGCUAAGGGAGAAAAGAAAGAGUGGACUGCUGUCUUCCUUCAGCUUGUCUAUGACAGAUCUUUCAAAAUCCUGUGAGAACCUGUCAGCAGUUAUGCUUUAUAAUCCAGGUCUUUUCCCUGUAAAAGGACCGAUCUGUCUAAGGCUAGAAUUUGAGAGACAACAACGAGAGGAGCUUGAAAAAUUAGAAAGUAAAAGGAAACAAAUAGAAGAGAUGGAAGAAAAACAAAGAUCUGACAAAGCAGAACUCGUAAGAAUGCAGCAAGAAGUAGAGUCACAGCGAAAAGAGACAGAGAUAGUUCAGCUGCAAAUUCGAAAACAGGAGGAGAGUCUGAAACGGAAAAGUGUUCACAUUGAGAGCAGGUUAAAGGAUUUGCUGGCUGAAAAAGAGAAAUUUGAAGAAGAGAGAUUACGGGAACAACAGGAGAUAGAGCUUCAAAAGAAAAAGCAUCAGGAAGAAAUUUUUUCCCGGGUCAAAGAGGAGUUGCAGCGACUACAAGAACUUAAUCAUAAUGAAAAAGCAGAGAAAAUGCAGAUUUUUCGUGAACUAGAAAGACUUAAAAAGGAAAAAGAUGAGCAAUAUGUUAAGCUGGAGUCAGAAAAAAAAAGACUUGAAGAACAGGAAAGAGAGCAGGUGAUGCUUGUGGCUCAUCUAGAGGAACAGCUUCGAGAGAAACAGGUCAUGAUAGACCUCCUGAAGAGAGAGGAUGUGCAGAGAGUUGAAGAAGAGAGAAGAGACCUUGAAGACAUUAGAGAAUCUCUAUUGAAAGUCAAGGAAGCCCGCUCUGAAGGUGAUGAAAACCAUGAGGAUUUAGAAAAAGCACAGCAUGAUUUUGUAGAGUUCAAAAGGAAACAGCUGGAACAGUUGACUAUUUUGGAAAAAGAUUUAGUUCAGCAAAUGGAUCACCUAGAAAAGGAAAUAGCAGAUGAAAAAGGAGCUCUGGAGCACUUAAAAUUUGCACAUGAAGAACAUUUAAAUCCCAAGAGAGAUGAUGAAAACUCUGUGGAUCCCAUACUCAGGGCUGAAGAAGUUGACAAGAUAAAGCCAGUGGAGUACAGGCUCCAAUCUAAAGUACGCCAGCUUGAGUACCUGAAGAGUAAUCAUUUGCCAGCUCUGCUGGAAGAAAAACAAAGAGCUUCUGAAGUCCUUGACAGGGGCUUGUUAGGGUUAGAUAAUACUCUCUAUCAAAUAGAGAAAGAAAUAGAAGAAAAAGAAGAGAAGCUUGCCCAGUAUAGAGCCAGCACAAAUCAGCUGGAGCAGCUUCAAGAAACCUUUGAAUUCACAGCCAAUGUAGCUCGUCAGGAAGAAAAGGUUCGGAAAAAGGAAAAAGAAAUCCUUGAAUCAAGGGAAAAGCAGCAGAGAGAGGCUCUGGAGCAGGCUGUUGCUAAGUUAGAAAGGAGGCAUUCAGCUUUGCAGCGUCGUUCGACGAUAGACUUUGAAAUCGAAGAGCAGAGACAGAAGCUGGCCACCCUGAACAACAGCUGCAGCGAGCAGGCAGGGCUGCAGGCCAGUCUGGAGGCUCAGCAGAAAGCCCUCGAGCAAGACCGAGAACGCCUGGACCAGGAAAUUCAGCAGCUGAAGCAAAAAAUAUACGAGGGUGAUGGUGCUCAGAAAGGAAACCAUGGAACACUGGAAGAGAGACUCUCCCAUAGCACUUCCCCUACCAGCUCAACAAAGCCACAGCCACCCUCUGCUCCUCUGGUUGAUGACAGGAUAAAUGCCUUUAUUGAACAAGAAGUGCAGAGAAGGCUCCAGAAUAUUCAUCAUAAAGCUGAGGAUAACGAUGUUAGUGUGGCCUGGUCUACAGAAAGUUUAAAGGAUAAUGAGAGGCUUAAUAACGGCACUGUUCAACGGAAGCUGAAGUAUGAGCAGAAAAGUCAACAGUGGCAGCCACACUAUGGCUUUCCAUUUCUGUCUAAAGAUGGCAAUUGUGCUUCUGAGUUGCGUGGAGAAAACACAGGAGUAAGAGAUCAUAAGAAACAGAAGGCAUAUACAGAGAUGCUGGAUUUAUUUUCCAGUUCUGGAAGAAUCUCCUCCUCUUUUACAUCAGAGAAGGCAUUUCAGAAUGAAAGGAGUAAUUUGGAACAGGAGAGCUUUGCUUGUCAUUGUGACAUUAAAAGUAGUUUAAUUCACUCUAAAAAUACUAAUACUUUAAAGAGUAAAAAUGUUUCUUAUCAGAAUGUUUUAUCUACUUCUUUACAAAGUCCUGACUUUAAUAAUGUGGCUUAUUCACUCCGCAAGGUUGAAAAUUUCAGUCAUUUUGAUGAUAAAAUAAUUACUUCUCCAGAUUGUGACAGCUCAAGAACUGAAUCUGAUUGUUCCCACUCGAAACAGCUGUCUCCUGUAGGAUCCUUAAUGGGUGCUAAUGAGCAGACUGGCUUUAACAGUGUAUCAUGCCUUCUCUUUCCUCAGUCUAACAUGCAUUCUGAAACAAAAACUUAUAAAGAAAACAGCCCAUUAAAUGCAGUGUACCCAACAAUUGAAGACCAGUCUAGUAAUUCUCAGCUUCCAACACAGAAAGCCUUUGAUUUGACCCCUUUUAAGUCAAUAGCUUCUCAUUUUGAUGUGAGACUAGAACACACUACCAGUUUGGGGUCUCUUGUCAGUAAGCUUUCCUGCCUUUGCAAAAAUACCAGUAGUCAGCUGCUCCACAGUGGAGUGGUUUCCAAACAAAUCAAGGAGUUGGGAAGUUUGUGUGACAGAAAUGAGAGGUGUGCACAAGCAGUAUCAUUAAUAAAAAAUUUGCCAUUUAUAAGGAACUUGCAAGUAAAUGUGUUCUUCAAGUCAGAUGUGAAUCAAGACAUGUCCCACACUACUGAUGACACCAAAGCUCAUACUGAAAAUGUCAUUCAGACUGUGUCUCCUGUGCAAGAGGCUGUCACAGUGUGUGUGAGCACAGAGAUCUCGGAUGACUGUACGAGAAAACCCCCUGAAGGAUUUACAUGCUGUAGUAAAAAUGAAGAGCUGGAAAACACUUUUGUGUUAAGACAGAACUUUGUGCAUUUUCCUGAUGUCUUUUUGAAGCUUCAAGUCUGUUCCCUGGAAAAAGUACUGGAAUUUUUGACCUGUGCUUUACCUCAGAUUUCUGUUAGGAUGGAGGAGUUGAAAGGUAUCUACUGGCUUGCUGUUGGCAAUUGCAAAAAACCUGACCCAGAUCCUGCUUGCUUGCUUUUGUUCAGCUCCAUUCUGUAUGUUGUUGUUUCAUCAGCUGAACAAGAUACCUCCCAGAGUUCCUUGGCACUGCUUUGUGAGGUCCCUAUUGACUCUAUAAAGGAGAUUCAAGUUGGCUUUGCUGGACAGAGUGUUAGUCUUCUGUGUUCUGCUGAAGAUGGUUUACUCACGAUAUUUACCUAUAACAAGCACGUCACUCAAAGAAUUUGCCACGACAUAACAAGCAUUUUGAUUUCUGCAGUGGAUGAUGAUGCUUAUUUAAAUCACCAGCUCUUGAAAGAUGAUUUGAUUCAGAUUUCACUUAACUGGACUUCAGAUGUAAAUGACUUGGUUUUUUCAAACGGAGUGCGAUUGUCCUGUAAAUUUCAAACUGAGUUAGCUGAUCUGGUUUACUUACUCCAUGAAAAUAUGGGAAGUAUUAAACCUUCAUUAGGUGACAUUCGUGUACUGCUGUAUACCUCAGUGAAAGUAGACUGUGCUGAGCAGACUGUGUAUAGAACUCUCGUUCUUACAACUACUCAUAUAGGUCUCUUAAAGGAAAAUCAUGCCCCUAACAUUCGGGAUGCUUCCUGCCAGCGAUCACAGUUUGACACCCUUCAGCUGUACAGUUUGAAUGAUAUCCGAUGUGCAAUUUUGCCAGACAAAGAGAAUUGCACAAAAAUUGAGCUUGUGUUUUCUAGAAGGAGCAAGGUUGGAUCUGAUUCAGGAACUGCUUUUUCUAAAUACUGUGAAAAAGAAAUAAAUACUCAACUGACAGUCAUCCCAUCAAUUCUUCAAAGCAGUUUGCAUAUCCCUUCGGAAAUCUGGAAAUUAACAUUCAGUUCAAGUGAAGAAGCCAUUUGGCUAAUUAUGCAUCUGACUAGGUGUUGAAAUCCAAAUACAUUUAGAUACAUUCAAAAUAAGAGGGUAAUGAAUAUUGAUAAAAUCCUUUUUUGUUUCCUUUUUUUUAAUCAAUAGACAAAAGGGACCUUUGAGCCUCUAAAGGAAUGCCAUAGACUGUGUACACACAUCCUAGCAAUAAUAAUUAUUACUUGAGUGCUUGCUUUUUGUGGGUCUCUGCUAUCCUGUACAUACAUUUCCUUUGGAAAGUGAGGAAAUUAAAUGUUUCUAUGUUAUGUGGUAGGUGGAUGAAAACUAUAAUUACAGCUCUGCCUUCUGAUUUCCAUUUUGGCUGUGUUUUCUGGCUUCUUCCAUCUACUAUCUGUCUUCAUUAAUGUCUUCUCCAUUCCUCCUCGAUUGCCUUUUCCUUAAUUUUUCUGAGUAUCUGUUUUUCAUGCUCCUCAUUUAUUUCAUGCCCCUGAUUUCAAUCAAUAUUUCAAAACAUCUGCAAAUUUUUUUAUCUUACAUUUCACUGCGUGUUCUUAAUACUACAGAUAUUUACAGCUUUUAUACAUGCAAUUUUGAGAAGAAUAGAUUUGACAAUUCUCUCCCGCUUCAGAGUUUUGCAUUUAAGGUUGAUUGCACUUGCACAUCAAAGUUUAUCACAAGUGCAAAAAGAGCUGUGCUUUAAAUAGCAUUUCAACCUUUGGUCAUGCUACUGUACCUGUGGCAAAAAAUGUUUUGGGGUCUGUCAUCUGUGUAUGUGUUUCUCAUGCUGUAAAUGGAUAGCUGACAGCUGGGGAUACAGCCUGACAGUUGGAGUGAGUUUAACUCUAGAGUUCUGUCCGUGCUUAGCCUUACUUUCACCUUUUUCUGCUUGCUUACUAGUGGGGUUGUUGAUGCUGUGAGAUUGCAUCUCUUACAGUCUCUUUAAUACUACAUGCCAAGAAAGAAGGAAACUAUUGAACAUUAGUAAAAGACUUCCAUUAGUGAAGGCUUAGUACAAGGUUAUUUUUUACCUGUUACCCUGUCAGAUGUUCAAAUGAUAAAUAAGCUGUGUUGUCUCCCAUCUUUUGUUUCUUCCCAUGUAAAGGAAGCUGAACACCUUUUGAAUCCUGUUGCUUGAGUGUGCCAUCUGCCUCGUUUGAGGAAGAUGGUUCUUGGCAGAAAAAACAGUGGUAUCUAAUCUGAAAUUCUAAAUUCUGUAAACAUAUUGCCAGCAGAGGUGCAAUCUUCCACUAGACAGAGUUAGACUUCGGUCUCUCUGCUAGUAUAAGAACAUUUCCCAUUUGUUUUUACCAUAUGUUAAGACAUGAUAACGUAACUCAUAUGGGAUUUAAAAAGAAAUAGCUUGCACUGGAUGAGGAAGUUAUGUCUGGAAGGAUGAAUGCUGGUUUGGAUAGAGAAUUAUGGGGGUUUUUUACAUUACAAAACUUGCUACUUCCUUAAGGAAGUCCAGAGAUGAGCAAAAUAUGUCACAUUAUUUUGAGGUACAGUGAGGGGGAGUUAGCAAAGAAAGUGCACACAAAUAUCUCACAGAAUGUGGAGUAGAUGGAGCAGUAACCUCCAUCUAGUAUCAGUCCUGCUCAGGAGUGGCUCCCUCAGUGACAUCACGGAGGCAUUUCUUCUGGCCCUUGCCCAAAGUCAACAGUGAGUGGCACUAUCUGGGAGGACUCUCUUGAUCAAAGCUGUUAAAGGAAAGCAAUUUCUGCAACCGAUUUCUUUUCAGAUUAUACCCCAAAGUUAAGUGUUUGUGCAUAUUGUGUUUCCCAAUAAUGUGUUUUUCCUCUGUUGUGCUUGUUUUCAAAUCUUACUCAGUGAAUAUUCUGCACUUUUAUGAAAAAGAACAACUUCACAGCAAUAUCUUUUAUUCUGAUGUAAAGUAAACAUAACAUAAUGAUCAUUGUUUAUGAAUAUCAAAAGCAUUAUUUAAUGCAUUAGGGUGUGUUUUCCACAACACUUUGUGUUUGAAAUUGUUUUCCUCUCUAUUAUUACCAUUUGUAAUAGUUCUCUGGAAAUGACUGCCAAUAAAUUAUGUGUUGACAGAGGUGGCUUUAAGAGUGACUUUAUGGUUUUAUUGUUGUUUUAAAACAGAUUAUAUUGUUGUCAGGGCAAUGAACUCCUCUUUUUCCCCAGAAAAGAAUUGCUUACAUUCCUAUGCUUCAGAAAUGAGUUUUAGCUGAAAAGCCAGUAAUGUUGGGAGUGGUGAAAGAAGGGCAAAGUGGACAGGAGAGAAUAUUUGUUGUGAAAACAAAGGUCACUAAAUUUUUUUCCAUUUAAACAAACUUUUUUUAUGUUUUCUUAAAAAAAAUAAGAAAAGGAAAAGGGAAGUUUAUGGGAAAUACCCCCUAGAUGAAGCCAGUGGAAUGAAAAUUUACUUUCUUUGUGUUUUCUUUUUCACUAUUUUUAAUACUAAUGUUAAGGGAAAUGACGUUGUCAUUUAUAAUUGACUAGUAAUGAAACAAGUCUCCCCUUCUGGAGAGCUGUGAGGAUGCCAAAAGGCUCCCUGGAACAGGCAGAAGCAUUUAUGAAGGAGUUUCAAACUUUUCUCUAGCUCCUGCACAGUAUCACGCUUACUGGAAGUCACCAGGAGUUGCAACAAAGGACAUGAAUGUUGAGAAUACAGUUACAGGUCAAGUGAUGGAGUGCUAAAUACAAAUACAUCAAAUACUAUCCCAUAUACAAAUUUAUAAAGUUAUAACCAUAACUUGAAAGUGAUAGUUUUCCAGUCUUUUGUUGUUAAAUUGUAUUUGUCUUGAUGAUGCUGGGUUUUUUUAAGUGUGAGUUCAUUAAGGUUUUCAGACCAAAUACAUUCAUUGGAGCAAAUGGAGGACUUCCUAAAAGGCAGUUUCUGUACUUUUUCACUCUAAAUGCUUAUGCUACUUUUGGACACAAUCACUGCAAAGCAUUAAUCUUUUCAGUUUAAAAGGGUUUUGUUUUUGACAUAACUUCAGAGUUACAGAUUCCAUCUGGCUAUUGGUCAGAGUAAUGGACCCUCAUUGCAAAUACCUUUUUAGAUUGUUUUUUUCCAGACUGUGCAAAUUCAUUGUAGCUGAGUUUUCUGAUAAUUAGAUGUGAUUUAAAGAAAAUAGUAGGAAACUGUUCUGACAGUGGAUUGCUUAUUUAAUUAUAAAAUGAGUUUGGAUUUUUAACAUCCAAGAGCUUUCUGAAUUGCUUAGAGCCCUUGCAGCUUUGCAUGAUAUUGUAAACAUGUUUAUUAUGUAAAGACAUACAAAAAUUAUGGUUGACUGUGAAGGCUUGAUUAAUGUACUUAUUUUUUUAAAAGAAGGUUAAUACAAAGUCUUGAUUUUGAUAUCUAAGCUGAAAAUGCCUUUUCAAAGAAAGGAAUAUUUUUGAAUACAAUUUUUAUGCAUAAAAAAAUAUUGGGGCUUGCUUAGAAAAGGAGAUCCACUUUGUUUUCAAAUGGUUACUUCAUUUGAGAAAUAAUUUCUGCCUCAUCCAUGCUCUCUUUUCCUGCUCUUCUGGCCAAGAACACAUUCUUGUUUUUAGUGAAGUUC